AUGAAUAUCACAGUCGUGCGUCCCUUUGUCAACUCACUAUAUGAGAAGAAGGAUCUUUCAGUCGUGUACUGCCUUCUGGUCAAUCGUGUCCAGUUCAUCCGCGAACAAUCAUACGCCGCUCAUCAUCAGACCGUCAACUUGACCCGGGCUUUACUCUGUGAAAUGAUCGCGGAGAAGAUCCUCCGAAAAUACAACGAGGGCAAUCCCGGUCCGCGAGGUCUUCUCAAGCUGGCCAACAUACUCGUGGCCGGCUUUGAGCCAUUCCAAGGAGCCCCGGAGGAAGUCUGCAAGAACAAUCUCCACGCCAUGCAAUGGGUGUCUUCCCAAAACAGCAGAAGCGGCAAGACUGAGCGCACGCUGACUGCACUCGAAGUCGCCAUUGUCAGCGAGAGUAAGAGUUUCCUCGCAAGUAGCGCUUGCCAGAAGGUGGUGGAUGCGAUUUAUCGCGGGAAGUUGGUGUACACGCCAACGAGCUUUAUCGACAUCAUCCCCGAUCGCUGGAAAAAAAGACCCAUAUCACUGUAUGAUCCAAGGAGGGGACCUCUUCUCAAUCAGUAUCGCUUGAUUGUGCCCAGGACGCGGAAUAUCAUUGAGGUCGUUCAGUUCAUGGCCCUGCUUGGUUUGUAUAUCGCUGUCAUGGUCGGACGAGAAUCUCGAAUGACGACGGCAUAUCACCCCAUUGAAGCUGUCUUUGACAUCUAUGCCAUUGGUUGGGUCCUCGAUCAAUUUGCCUCGAUUCUCGAACAUGGAUGGGGCGUCUAUUCUCAAAACCUGUGGUCGUUUCUGGAUGUCAUGUUUGCGGCGCUCUUCAUGAUUUACUUGGUGGUGCGCUUGCAUGCCAUGGGGAUCUCAGAUGAGGAAGAAUCUACCUUGUGGGCCCGCACUUCUCUAGACAUUCUGAGCUGUGCAGCGCCGGUUUUGAUACCGCGUCUUGCCUUCAAUAUCAUGUCCGAGAACGUGCUAUUUGUAUCGCUGAGGGCGAUGAUCUCGGAUUUUGUAACACUCUCAGCCCUGGCGGUGUGGUGUUUCGCCGGAUUCUUGUUGAGUUUGAAAUGGUUGCAUAAUGGGGUUCACCAAUCAAUAACCAUAUCUAAAUGGAUGGUCUGGAUUUGGUUUGGCUUGGAUGGAACUGGCAUCGACGAGGCCCCCGAUUUUCACUGGUUCCUCGGACCGCUUUUGAUGGUCCUAUUUGCGUUCCUGGGAAAUACUCUGUUUUUGACCAUCCUAGUAUCGAUGUUGUCCAACACCUUCAGCGCCAUUGUCGCCAAUGCUGUACAGGAGAUCCAAUUUCGCCGGGCCGUCCUUACCUUUGAAGGGGUCAAAUCAGAUGCCAUCUUCUCGUACAUGCCGCCAUUCAACAUCUUGGCCUUGAUACUCUUACUUCCACUGAAAUGGAGCAUAUCAGAAAGAAUGUUCCACAAAACCCAUGUGGCAGCAGUAAGAACGCUAAACUUACCAACAUUGUUGUUAAUAGCUUGGUAUGAGAGGAGAACUUUGUGGAUUACCGAUAAACGCCGGAAAUAUGGUGGGAGAAAAAUUGAUUGGAAGAAUGUCAAUGGUCCAAGCAUCACACAUGCUCAGUAUUGGGCAAUCUCAAAAUUCAGUGUCCACGGCGACCUUCACGCAGUUUUUGAGGUGGAUCCUCCACAGUCAGUGUUGGACAAAAUCAGCGAAGACGAUAACUAUGAACCAGGUGACCCGCUUGAGGAUCUCACUCGGGAUAGGCUGAAUACUCAUUUCGGUCAUUCAUCACGGCACAACAGUGUGGCUGUCGAAGAGCCUCGCAAAAGCCCUACAAGAGCAACGGCGAAGAAUAAUGAAGAACAAAAGGAUGAGGCAUUAAGGAAGGAGUUUGUAGAUUCGAGUGAUGAGGAGCAAGGAGAUCACCCACCAGGAUAUCGAAAACCCAGGCGUGGAGAACGCAUGGAUUCUAUAAUCGAUCUCAAUGAUACAGAACGCGACCACAGGUUGCUGGAGGCUACAGCGAGAUUGCAUAAGAUGGAGGAGGCGAUGGCUAGAAUGGAAACAAUGAUUGUCCAGUUGCUUGGAGAUGAUGCGCGGUCGGAGUCAAGCAAGGAGGUGCAGACAUCGGAGCAUGCAGGUCCUGUGACACAGGCGGACAAAGAAUAA